AUGACGAAUCAGGCGGUGUACGACGUUGCCUGGAGCGAGGCCAACGAGCACGUCCUACUUACGGGGCAGGCAGAUGGAACCCUGAAGCUGUUUGAUUGGACCAACCCUCAAGGUCCCAUCAUGUCGCUGGAAGAGCACACAGCUGAGGUCUACGGUGUCGACUGGAACCUCAACGAGAAGCAUCUCAUUUCUUCGGCAGCCUGGGACCACUCUGUCAAAGUGUGGGAUGCAAUGCGCGGGGUCUGCCUCAGCACUUUCCGCGCGCAUCAGAACCUGGCCUACGCUGCAAUCUGGUCCCCGGCCAGGCCAGCGUGCCUUGCAAGCGUUGGUGGGGAUGCUAUGCUCCACAUCCAGGAUCUCAAUGCGGGCGAGAUGCCCGUACAGAGCAUUCAGGCUCACCAACAUGAGAUCCUGACGGUUGACUGGAACAAGUACAAUGAGUUUAUGGUUGUCACAGGUAGUGUUGACAAGACCAUCCGCACUUUUGACUUGCGCAACUUUGGCCAGCCCUUGCAGAUUCUGCAUGGGCAUCAGCUGGCGGUCAAGCGAGUCAAGUGUCAUCCGUACAACGAGACCCAAAUCGUCUCCUGCUCUUACGACACGGCUGUGAAUGUCUUCGACAUGACCAUGGGUCAAAUGCAGACGCUUCUCAGUGUCGAUCGUGCCACCCGAUUUCUUGCUUUCGUGCUCCCGUUAACGGGGAGCCAAGCCUUGCUUCUGUACUUGUAUCCGUGCUGCAUCGUUGCCCUGCGGAACGAGGGCAACUCGAGACCUGAGGAAUACACCCGAGGGCAAGCCGGGAAUAGUGAGCGCACGAAGUCGAAAUCAAAGGUGAAGGGCGAUCACAGCAUUCAAGGCCAGGCGACCGCCGCCUCCACCACCGCCGGCAAUUGUACCGACCUUGACUACACUCCGAGACUGGAGAUUGCAGUCCUGCUUUCCGGAAGCUUUUUCUGCAAGGUGAAGCGUGCAAGCACAGGCUUUGUCCAACUUAGCAGAGUCCUGGCCCGGGCCUUGCACUCGCGAGUGACCUCCCGGCAGCGUUUCGUGUCGCCAGUGCGGCUCAAGAUCCAGGGCCGAGUACUGAAACGUUAUCCCAUCAUAUCCCGUCCCAACGUUCUGAGAUCGCAUGAGCAGCACUCCGAAGCAUUCCAUUGUCACGAGCUCGACCGACAGGUCAACCGUGCCGCGGUUCUGCCUCUGGCGGUGGCUGCAGUCCUUGCUUGCGUGACGAAGUUUUGCGGCUUGGCAGCGGACUUGCAAACUGUUGACUUGCCAGAGAUCUGCAGUUCCUGGGUCGGCACGGCCGGGGCCCAGAGCCCUGGACCAUUCGUACCCAUCGAAGCAGCCUGUGAGAAGUGGAAGACGCUGAAGUCUGGCCCAGUGCAUUCACGCUGCCGCAGCCGAGUAGCAGGCUCGUGGAAGCCCACCGGCGAGAUUGACAUUCAGGGCCCCGAGGAGGAAGCCCUAGCACAGUCGGUUUGGGAGGCGUUCCAGGAGCAGUACACCGGUGCUGCAGAACGUGGCAUGUACAUGGACACACCCGUGGGUGAGAACGACAUCAAGUACAGAUGGAGGCGACUCCGUGACACCUUCGGCAUCACCAGUGAGGAGGCGGUGGGUAUUAUGCAGACGGAUGCGCUUCCUCUAGUCAUUGAUGCCGACUACGUGCAGGUGUGGCGAAGCAAUGUGACAGCUGAGCUUUCUAUGGCAGCUUCCCUGCUCGAGAUGGGAGGGACAUCAGGGACCCAGGCCUCGGCCUCGGAGCCUUUGCUGCCCUCCGCUCUGCGAACCUUAGCCGAUCGCAAGGAGUUGGUCGAAGGACAGAUCGCCGAAUACGACGGGAUGCCCUGGUUUCAGCGCGCCCUCUUCGACACCUCGGCUUUUCAGGCCCACGCGGACUGGCUGAAGCAGUGGAGACAGGAGUGGGCUGUGAAGAUCCCGCAGCCGAAAGCGCAAGCGCCCAGCUCCGGGCCGCAGAGGUCGCCGAUCCCCAAAGCAAGGGAGAACGCAGCGGAGGAGACGGAGGCGGAGGAUGUGGAGGAGGCGGAUGCAGCCGCAGGCUCACCCAACUUCAAGUUGCCGGCUGUUGCCGCAGCCAAGGCUGCCCUCGAAAAGUUUGGGACUGAUUGGAAAGCUGCUGGAAUGGACUCAGUGGUUGAGGAGGUUGUGAAUCUAAUGCAGUCAGAUCCACAAAAUGCCUUCGUGCAAGAGCGCGGCUGCGAGUCGUUGCGAUACCUCUGCACCGAUGAUGAGAGUCGGCAAGCUGUGGCAGCAAAGGAUGCCAUUCCGACAAUUCUGAGGUCGAUGGAGCUGAACGAGAACGAGUCCGAAGUCCAGGGAUACUGCUGUGGGACACUGGUUCAUCUGGCAGCCACAGCAUCGACUCGUCGGAGCAUCGUGCAAGAGAAGGGCCUGGAGGCGAUUCUACGAGCCAUGCAGAUGCAUCCCAGCAAUGCAUUCGUUCAGUUCAAAGCCUGUGCGGCUUUAGCAAACCUUGCAGCCACGAGCCAGGAACAGUCCUUGCUGGCUUCGCUGGGUGGAGGAGAGAUGAUUCUGAAAACGAUGCGCUUGCACGUGCACGAUCUCUCAGUGCUUGAGUAUUGCCUGGGUGCUCUGCACAACCUGGCCACGUACCAUGGAAACCAGGCCGCGCUGCGCACGGCUGGCGCGGUUCGUGUGCUGAGAGACGCCGUGCGGCUUCACCCACAGAACCAUCAGGUCCAGCAGGUCGGUAAGAAGACCAUCCGGCUCCUGAAAGGACGCAAUGCGCCGUGGUCUGCUCCGACUUUCGGCAACUGGAUGGGGUCGACCUUGAGCGGCGCAGACUUCUCCAUGGCCAAAGCCGUGGGAUACUGUAGGCAAGAUGCGAUGCUCCUUUCAGCACUCCGUUGUGGGCCAGAGCAAUUGCUUGGCACAAGUGGUUUGAGUUUGAAGCAGUUUCUGCUCUGGAUUUAUGGGCUGACUUGCUGUGAUGGCUGGGGAAUAGCCUGCUUGCCCAAGUCUGUGACCAUAGCGAGCGUUUGUUGCGACAGUUGCUUCGCCUCGCAGAAAACCUUCAAAGCGAUGGUGGACGGCGCCGACCGAGACAAGGCCCUGGAGAUCGUCACUCGGCACCCGGGCAUUUUGGCUGCGGGGCCGGACGUGAAGGACAACAUGCUCCAGGCAGACCUGGCCUCGAACGCCAUCAAUGCCGCAAGGAGCUUGGGCAAUUUGUUCAGAUAG